AGUAUGGCAGCAUCACCUCUCCCCUACUCCAUCUCCACUCUCUCCUCUGGUGUUCCGCGCGCAGGGAUGGAUGCUCUCAAAGUACCCUGAAGCCAAGAGAGUCCGACCGCACUUUAUUAACGUGUUUGUUUCUGAGACAUGUGAAUGGCUCCGCCCCGCCCACUCGAUCCAGGGCUCUUUCUGUCCGGACUGGGAAAUAAGGAAGCGAAACUUAGCAGACGCGUCGCCUGAGCCUUUAACUAUGACACGGUGCCUGGAAGUCGAUCAGGACACUGGCGGUCUGCGGAACAUAUGUUGUACCUACUAAUCGAGCACGAUGCUAGAAGAAGAAGAACACAUACGAAGACCAAACGCGGUGGAGAUGUUGCAGUCGUACGUCUCCGACACUCUGGACUGCUUCGACACAGUGACCGCAUUCUGUUACACAAACUUCAAAUGGGUGCUCUGGAGGGAGACAGAGCUGGAGCUGAUAAGGGACAUCCAGGAGCGGGCCAGCCGACUGAACCGUGGGUUCCUCCAGGUGUUCAAGUCAACAGAAAAAGGAAAAGCCUUCGGGGAAUACCUUCGCCCCAAGAGUUCAGGCACUAGACGCGAGGAGCUGGAGAAAGAGCUCGCUAUUGUGCUGAAAAACACUCGGGAAGGAGUGGAGAAACUCACCUGCUUCCUGGAUGCUGUGGAGAAGCUCGCAGUAACUUCUCUGCAGGUGUUCACGGGCGGAGAAGAGGUGGUGAAGCUGUCUUUGGGGUUCAGCCUGGAGAGUGUGAAGGCCAUGAUCUUAGCUGCCCGGCUGGUCUGUCCUCUCCUCCUGCACUUCAAGAGAGAUGCUGAGGUCUUCUUCACGCCCAGCCUCCACAACGUGGCCGUCUUUGCGGCUGAGUUAGACAAAUACGUCCGCACCACUGAGAAUAUCUGUAAAACGAUUGGCGCAAGCUUUACUGUCGGCUUCGGGCACAAAAGACGCCGCCAGCCUUUGGUUGAGUUUGCGGAGGAUCUCACAGAGGAGGACCUGCAGAACACCCUGGCCCACGUCGAAGCCCUCUCCAGUCUCAGGAGGGACCAGGACUUCAGACUGGUGUUCUUAUUCCAGGAGGAGUCAGUCUCCAGCUUCGUCGACCAGUUCAGCGAGUGCCUUCCCAGAAUGCUCGAGUUCCUCGAUGAGAUGGAGGGCUGUGCCGUCCAGCUGGACCGGAUGAGCAUGGGCUCCAAGAUCUCCACUGUGGCUGGGAGCUCGGUGGGGGCCGUGGGGGGGGUCAUGGCCAUCGUGGGUCUGGCUCUAGCCCCGGUGACAGCUGGGGUGUCUCUGGGUCUGACCAUGGGGGGGUUGGGUCUGGGGGUCACCAGUGGUGUAAACAGUCUAGUCACCACAGUAACGGAGAUAGCGGUCAAUAAAACCCAUCAAACGAAAGCCAACGAAGGCUUCCAGAGCUUCAUGGAGGAUGUGGAGAGAAUCCAGGUGUGCCUGGAUGAGGUGACCAAUCAGAGGGAAGAGGUAGUAGGAGAGGAUUAUGUUCAUGCGUUAAAGGGAGGAGCCAAGGUUGUCAGAAAUGUAAGUACAAUUGGACAAGGCAUAGAUAUCCUUGUGGACGGCCUUGAUGACGUAGGGAUGGCAGCGGUCCGUGGGCCAGCCGCCCUCUCCAAGGCCGCCAGGGCUGGGUUCAUCACCCUCAACGCUGUGUUCCUUGGUUUGGACAUCUUCCUCAUCUGCAAGGACAGCAUCAGUUUGGCCAAAGGGGACAAGAGCGCCAUCUCCCAGUUCAUCAGAGCCAGGGCUGCCCUCCUGCGCUCGAUGCUCGACGCGUGGCAGACGAUGCACAAGGCCCUGCUCCGUGGGCUGCUGGAGUCCAAACGGGGCCGCAGUUUACUGGAGCAGCCUUUGAAUCCGCUGACGGAGGCCACGGAGGUCGACGCAGGAGUUGUCGGUGUGGUGAGCACAUGAUGAGAAGACGUGGGUCCAUGUUGACGUUUGGCCGUCGGUGCUCUUGUACGUUUGGUGGAGCAGGCAGCAUGGCCGCCCUCAGGGUGUGUUCAUGUUGGUCCUCAUAUGACACACCGAGAUUAGAUUAGAUUAGAUUAAUUUGCCAUUGCACAGGAAAACAACGGAAUUCAAUGCGUACUCACGUACUGGACUCAUUAAAAACAGAAAGGUAGCAUAAUAAAUACUCAAUGAAGUAAAAUAAUACACUCUCAUAUCAUUCACUCAGUACAAUCACCUCUACAAUAUACCAUAUACUCAGUGCCAUUGUAUGCCUUAAAACAGUAGUGCAAAAUAUAUAAAGUGCAUAGCAUUGCAUUAGGUGUGGAUGUCACAGAUUAAUGCUGUCAGAGCUAGUGGGUUUGUUUUCAGGUCAGUUGAGUACGGUGACUGCUUUGGGAUAGAAACGUCAAGAAUCUUGUAGUGCGUGUUCUGAUGGACAUGUUACGUUCCCCUGAGGGCAGCAGUUCAAACAGAUAAUUGGAACAAACAGGGUGGAAUGAGUCUUUCAGAGUGUUGUGUGUCUUCUGCAAGCAUCGGGAGUUGAAGAUGGUGUCCAUGGUCGGCAGAUGUUGGUUGAUGAUGUUUUGGGCGGUUUUUAUAGUCCUCUGCAGGGACUUCCUGUCUGCAGCAGGACUGCUACCGUACCACGACAGGAGGCCGUAGAUGAGCACACUCUCAAUGGAGCAGCGAUAGAAGGACCUCCGGUGCUGUUGUGAGAGAUUGGCUUUCCUGAGUGUGCGGUGAAAGUAUAACCGCUUCUGUGCUUUCUUUACUAUUGCUGCGGUGUUUAUUGUCCAUGAUAAGUUCUCUGAGAUGUGUCUGCCCAAGAAUUUGGAGCUGGACACUCUUUAUAAGAUGGAUAAAUAGAUUGAUUCUUUAUUCAUCCCCUUGGGAAAAUUCAGGUAUCCAGUAGCUCACAAAGUCAGUCCAAAAACCGUAAAGUUGACAAAGAACAAAAUGGAAGAACAGAAAAAAAGUCAAUCACAUAAGUCGUUGAGCAAGACAUGAGCAAUAUUGCAAAUCCCGCACACCAAUGUUGUGUGUUUGCGGGUCCAAUCGUCCACUUCUUCAGCCAAACUCAGCCGUGUGAGUCCCCAUAUACUGACAGCAGGACACUUUCUGUUAUGAACUUUGUAGCCUAAAGCAAUAACUUUUGUGGGAAAUAAUACAAUCAUGGGUCAAAAUCGAUGGACAAUGUGGGGGGGGGGGGGUGGCGUGUGUGUGCAACCCACACACACGCACACACACACACCUUGUAUAAUUGCAUUCUGCAGAUGUUUAGAAAGAGCUGAAUUAUUUUCUGCCACCAGGCGCAAUUUUAUCAAUUGUUUAAAAUGAGUGAAUUCGGUUUGUGGUUUUAUGAUUCAAUGUUUAAUCUGCCAAUCUAAACCUUCCUUUAAAGUUAGUGUUUGUAUUCUUUAAUGUGGCAGCCCACUCAUUAAAGGCUUUUUCAUUGCCAACCUG